UCCCCGCCUCUCCCCGGACACUUACAGGACCUCUUUUGGAUGGAUUGUACCCCCCUAGGGCUGCACUGUAUGGAAUUCCUUCUGUUGUAGGUGACGAUGAUGAUCUGGUUUCUGAUUGGCUUCCUGCUUCCGCUAGCGAUCUUCGCUGCUCCGCCUCCGAUUAACCGGUUGGCCCUUUUCCCGGACAAGAGCGCCUGGUGCGAGGCCAAAAACAUCACCCAGAUCGUCGGCCACAGCGGCUGCGAAUCGAAGUCCAUCCAGAACAGGGCGUGUCUGGGUCAGUGCUUCAGCUACAGCGUCCCCAACACCUUCCCGCAGUCCACCGAGUCCCUGGUGCACUGCGACUCCUGCAUGCCGGCCAAGUCCAUGUGGGAUGUGGUGAGUACCUCCGGUGAUGGAAGUCCAUUCGAGGGCAUGUCCUGA